AUGUGGCGUCUGUUGCAGGGGCCCGCCAUCUGUUGUUGUGGCUGUCUGACUGCCCUGCCGGUAAUGCCUAUUUUGCCUUUUGUCCUUGUCCUUCUUUGUUUUGUGUGUGUGUCUGUGGUGCUUGCUUGCAAGGGCAUAGGACACCAGUCAACAGUUGAGGAGCACUUUCUUUGCCCCUUUGCUGUGAACGGGAGAAAACACAUACAUUGCCUUUGUUUUGCCUGCGCGAGGGAGUCGAGGGGUCGGUCGUUGUUGUGGUUCUGUGUGUAUGUUUGUGUGCGACGCAUGGGGCGGACAGAAACGGAGGGCAACAACAGUGGUGAGGUGCAACAGGCGGUGUCAGAGGGCACUUGUCUGUUGGAGAGCACGACACCCACACGGAGGCUGGAGCUCGGUGGUGAAUCAGCCGGUGUGGACACUAACGCUGUUGUCAGACGGGCGUGGGAAAAGGACAUCACAGCGUUUCUUGCGUCUCAGUCACACACAUUGUUUGCACGCGACCCGCUUCUUGAACUGAAACUUGACGACAGUCCGGAUGGAAUAGCGAGGAGGGAGCAGGCUGGCGUCUCGUCAACAGCGUCGCCACUGUGUGCUGCGAGCCCCAUGAGCGCAUGGCGGCGAAGAUCAGAGCUUCAAGACGAUGUCAGGGCGGAGGAGAGGCGUCAUCACACGGGGGACCCAGCUGAAAGCAGGCUGCUUCUGUUCUCUCCCCUUAGGUGUGCAGCAGAGGAGGAGGAGGAACAAGUAAUCAUUGGCCGGGAUGUGACUUACCCCGAUAAUGACGUGCUUGGUCUUCAUAGCCUGGGGCAGGCCGUCACGGGGAUGGAGCAUUGCUUCUCAACCCCGCGCCUCAUCCCCACUCCAGAAACUCACACAAGCAGGCGUCAAGCGGCGUCUCAGGUCACCACGGGUUGUGCAGUUGGUUUGGCCGCGCAAGCGCUUUCGCCGGUUCAACAGGCAAACAAUGUCCCAUUCCGCUCCUGGAAUUCUCGCGAGCAGCAGAAGGUGGGGGCAGUGGCUGUUUCCACGGGAGGUGUACUCCCGGAAGCCGUCGAUGGUGGGUGUGCUGAGAGGGCUGCACUUUCUCAGGGAGCCGCCAAGGAAGCAUUGGGUCCAUUCCCAAAGGAUGUUGUGAUGGGGCAGGGGGAUUUGGGUGAGGGAGGGAAGGAAGAUGCCUUUGCCUUGCCGUUACCCCUAUCGACAAGGAAAAGUGGUGGCUGUGAUGACGAAGAUGCUCCUUUAUUUUGUCGAGUCACACCUGUUGGGCGGCGAGGUGCCGGAGGAUUCGUACCCGUGACGGAUUCCGCAGGACCCCGAUUCACUGCAGGCAUGCGAGUGGAGGGACGGUGGGGGUGUCGAUGGUUUGGUGCUGUGAUUACCGAGGGUGAGCAGAAUGGGUACGUGCAGCUCCGCUGGGAUGAAGAUGGCUCCUUGUUGCAUGUGAAGGUUCGAGAAGUUCGACUACCGCAGGAUAAAUGGAGGAUGAAUGGUAGGAGGACAAGGAGUCUGCUGAACACCCCUUCUGUCAUGACGGCAACACAGUUGGUGGAGCUUGUGGAGAAUGAGACCCCACAUCCGGAGUUGUCGGUGAAGGAAGAGUUGGGGCUGAACCCCCUGGACGAGGAUGUCGGAGUAAGCCCAUCGUUCCUCACACUCUAUCUUACAUCGGCAGCGCUGUCACAAUUGGCAGGGAAGGGAUGCGUUCUCACCCAGCUGAUGGAACGGGGCACCUUGAUAGUGGAGCUUCCUUUAAAUGUGGAGUCCCUUUCAUCGAAUUUCUCAUUUGGUCAGCGGCGAACAGGAGAGAAACGUUUUUUUUUUGUCGUUGCAGAGGACGAUGUGAAGAGGGACGAUGGAAUGAUUAUAGCGGUAGCACACGCCAUGGGUCUUUCUGCCGUUUCCGUGGGGUGGCUGGAGGAACUCGAGGUGGAUGUUGCGGGAGGGCGUCCACAUGUGUGCAUUCCGAAACCGAAACACCUCAUUGGGCAGGACAACGAUACUUUUGUGCGAUGGCGGCUGCUUUCUUCAAAGGAAGAACGAUUCCUCAGCCAGAAGAGGAUUUACGUUGCAGGGGAAGAUGCAGAAAUUGCGUUUCUUCUCCAAGUAUGUGGGGGCACAAUCACGCAUCAACUACCACCGGAUGGGGACUCUCCCCCGCAUUAUUUGUAUGUAGCUCCCGGGAAGCGGGCGCAGAUAACCACUAGUGUCACCUCUGUGGCACUGUUAGAGAAAUCAUGGUUGUUUCACCGCAUCCACGAGUUUUUUCUUGCGCUUCCCCCAUCGCGAAAUGGACGGAGUGACGCUGGCGUUGUCAUCAACUCGCUUGUUGCCAGCCCAGUCUCUGGUGUCAAGCGCCUCCGAGAUAAGACGGAGGAGGAGGCGAGGACAAGGGUAGCAGAGGCUGUGCCGUUAUCGCCGGCAAAUGCAGAUCGAGGGUCGAGUCGUGUGACGUUCACUUCGGGUGGCGAGGUGCUUACGGUGCUGGAGGGUGAGGACUACUACUUUCGCAUGCCGCGUGUGAGCGGCAGCAGGAUGCAUGAUAGGAACAAAAACGAGGCACCGGUGGUGGAGCUGGGGCGCGUGGUACGUCUUGGCGGGGAUGAUGUUGUGACAUUGCUGCUCUACGAAGUGAAGUACAGAGUUCUGCGCCAAAACCCUCACACAGGAAGCCUUGAAAACCAGACAACGGUGUAUCUGGGUUCACGCACCGCAACAGUGCCGUUGGAAAAUCUCAUCUUCAGCAUCCCCGUUUACGUUGUUGAUGCCUCACAAAUGCAGCACAUGUAUGUGCUUGAGUCGCCCCCUAGAGGUGUCGAUGCAGCUGCUGUUGGUGGUGGUUGUGCCGGGAGUCAGGGAGUUCGUAUGAAGGAGGCAAUGGACGAGGAACCUCCGUACAGGUGUCGUACAGACGAAAAAGCGUCUCCUGCUCUGUGUCCCACAGGACCGUCGUUUGUUUUGGCGUCAGGGGACGUGCACGCACGGUCUCCGAAUCGUGAAGGCACUGUGCUAGAGGAAAUUAAGGUGAAUGGGUGUAAAAUACGCCCUGGUGUGGAAGUGUGCUUUCGUGACUAUUGUUCCUUGGCGGGGAUGGCAGCUUCUGCCUCUGAGGGACGAAGUACGGGCUGUGUUCAGGCGAUUCAGUGCGUGGCGAAUGGCGUGGUAUUGGUAUUGCAUAGGACAAAUUUAAGUGAUGACUCUGGAAUGCCCAAAAUGGUUUUGAUAACACCAGACAUGGUAACAGGAAUGGCAUAG